CCGAGAUCCAGUUUGCCCAGCGGCUGGCGUCCAACGAGAAGGGGAUCCGGGACCGGGCGGUGAGGAAGCUGCGCCAGUACAUCAGUGUGAAGACGCAGAGGGAGACAGGAGCCCUGGUGGCCUACUGGUUAAAGCACUUGGCUGCUAACCGAAAGGUCAUCAGUUCAAACCCACCAGCCACUCUGUGGGAGAAAGAUGUUGCAGUCUACUUCCAUAAAGGUUACAGCCUCGGAAACCUUCUGGGGUAGUUCUACUCUGUCCUGUAAGGUCACUCUGAGUUGAAAUCGACGCAACAACAGUGUACUGUUUUUAAUUGAAAAAGACCAAGAUACAGAGUAAUAGAAUAUGAUGCGGCUUAUGCUACACACACACAAAUAGACAUUUCUGGCAUCCCUUAUACCAGGAGGCUUCAGCCAAGAAGAACUUUUGAAGAUCUGGAAAGGACUCUUCUACUGCAUGUGGGUACAGGAUGAGCCUCUGCUGCAGGAGGAGCUAGCAAACACGAUAUCCCAGCUCGUCCAUGUUGUUAACAACUCAGAGGCGCAGCACCUGUUCAUUCAGACCUUUUGGCAAACCAUGAAUCGAGAGUGGAAGGGGAUUGACAGGCUGCACCUGGACAAGUACUACAUGCUGACCCGUCUGAUCCUGAGGCAGUCCUUUGAGGUGCUGAAGCGAAAUGGCUGGGAAGAAGGCCGAAUUAAGCUUCUUCUAGACGUCUUAAUGAAGGAGAUCCUGCAUCCUGAGAGCCAGUCUCCGAAUGGAGUGAAGUUCCACUUCAUUGAUAUUUACCUGGAUGAACUGUCCAAGGUGGGAGGGAAAGAGCUUCUGGCCGAUCAGAAUCUCAAGUUUAUUGAUCCAUUCUGCAAAAUUGCUGCCAAGACUAAGGACCACACGUUGGUCCAGACAAUAGCGAGGGGUGUUUUUGAAGCCAUCAUGGAUCAGUCUCCUUUUGUACCUGAAGAGGUGGUGGAGGAGCAGAGAACCCAAGCGGGUGACAGCCAGCCCUCUGAAGAAGAGAUCUCUGAGGGUAAUGAGAUGACAUGGAGAAAAACGAUCAGCAAAAAGAAGACAGCCCUAAGCAAGCGUCGCCCAGCAGAUGGCGUCAGCGAUGACAGUGAGAGAGACAGCGUGGGUGCCUGUGAAGACCCUGGGCCACUGCUCCAGUUUGACUAUAAGGCUGUUGCUGACCGACUGCUGGGAGUAACCAACAGAAAAAACACCCCUCCCUUCAACAGGAAAUGUCUCUCUAAACUAAUCAAAAAAUUCCAAGAUCUUUCUGAAGCAGGCAGAAUAUCUCAGCUCAGUUUUCCUGAGGACAUUUCUGCUGAUGAAGAUGACCAUACCAUCCAUCAAGGAAAGAGUAGGAAGAAAGGAAAUAAGCCUUCAGAGAAAACCUACUUAGGAAAAGAGAAAGGAAACAAGUCCUUUCGUACAGAGGAAGAGGAAAACGAAGGCAGUACUCAGAAGAGGAAAAGGAAAAAGAAAAAGAAGAACCAUCUCCAGCCUGAAAAUUUAGGCCCAGGGGACAAAGCCACGUCCCCAAACCAGAACGGGAGUAGCGAACCAGAAGAAAGUAAGAGAAAAGACCAGAAGGUUCCAGGUGUGGUUGAGACAGGAGCAGGAGCUUUCUCCGGCAUUGCGGAGGAGGGUGGUCUGCAGCAUCCCCCAGCCAUCCCUGCAUGCAACAAAAGGAAGCGGCCCAGGAAGAAGAGCCUGAGGGUCCAGGAAGGGGUCCCAGGAUUAGCAGCGCCGCCUCCAGAGGACAUGGCUAAAAGCAGCCCCAGCAGUGACCAUGCUCAGGAACCUACCGUCCGCAGUCCCCCAACAGGUGGCAUCCGAGUCCUGAAGAGGAAGCGGAAACUCGGAGCGCUCCCAGUCAAUGGCAGCAGCCCGUCUGUGCUGGCCUGGCCUCCGCCAGGGAAGAAGAGCCCUCAGACCAGCCCUGGGGAGGGAGGGGAUGGCCACCCUGCCCUGGCGCAGGGCGUGAGACUGAAGAAGAAGAAAGUAGCACCCAGCAGCAUAGACCUGUAUGACCUGUCCAACCCAAAGACUGCCAUCUUGAAAAAGAGGAAGAAAGUGAAAGAGAUGCCGCACCUGGUGGAGCAGAAUGGGGUGUUGGAGCCCGAGGUCACGCAGGUCCACACACUGGGAAACAGUGGCUCAGUCAGCCCCUUGAAGAAGAAGAAGAAGAAGCUGAGGGUGGAAAACGACUUUGUGAAGUUUGACACCCCCUUCUUACCAAAGCCCUUGUUCUUCAGGAAGACCAAAAGCACUGCUCCCAUCUCCCUUCUGAGCCCCGCUGUCCAGUUAAACAAAACCCCGUCCAGCUCCAAGAAGGUCACCUUUGGGCUUAACAGAAACAUGACUGCAGAGUUCAAGAAGACAGACAAGAGCAUCUUGGUCAGUCCCACGGGCCCCUCCCGAGUCGCCUUCAACCCUGAGCAGAGGCCCCUCCAUGGGGUGCUGAAGACCCCCACGAGCUCUCCCUCCAGCACUCCCUUGGCACCCAGGAAGGUGCUGGCCACCCCUCCAAAGAGGAGACCAACCGCCAUGGAUUUCUUCUGACAGAACAGCAGGACUCCUUUUUCAAGACUGCUUUUGUACAGAAUAUGCUGUAAAUUAUAACUUUUAAAACGUGCGUCCUUUUUUUUAUUGUUUUAUAACUUCCCAUAAACUGUACACAGAAGGGCCAUACUGUGAGCUGGCACCCACCAUUGCCCCACCCUGUCGCCGAGGCCAGGAAGUGCCCAUGCCAAGGUCCAGCUGGCCAGGGUUUCCCGCAUGGGCAGCCCCAGCGGUUACCACGAGCGCAGGACUCGCGACCGUGACUGCCCCAGGUGAGCGGAGCUGAGGAGAGCGCACUGACCCGUACCUUUCAAUAAACGAGCGUCGUCAGCACCGUUGAAGCAUGGAAUGUCAUCUCCCGGUCAGUGGGCUCACAGCGUAUGUGGAGCUUGGGUCCUUGUUUCCAUGUUUUCCAAGCCAGUUGGUUUCCUGGCUCUCUUUAGUCUGUCUAAUAGUGCUACUUCUAAAAAGCAUGAAGGGCUUUGUGCUCGGCGGGUCUUCGGCAGCUUACUGAUGGGGACGAUUCUUCUUAGCCAAUCAGCAAUACCGUAGUUUCUACUUGUGAUCAGCUGGGGGUCACACGGGGGAGCCUCAGUCCUCGGGCUCUUUGUUCUCCACCUCUUCCCUGUUUCCCUCCCUACUUUCCUACCUCUAUGGCAAGCCCAAAGUGUCUUCACAAGGAGGGCCAGCAGCAGGUCCUGGGCCCCGAGCCCCUCCGCUGAGGUUGGCAAUGGUCUUGAGUCAAGCUCACUCAUUCUUCCAAGUUGGGACUCCACUUUCUCCUUCAUACGUUCGCACUUGAACCAGGGGCCUGAAGGACCCACAUCAUCAAAAGUCUCUUUCCUGUCUUGGGUUAAAACUAAGUCCUCUCGAGGCAUGGCAACAGCGUCUGGAAAUUGGCAGCCCAUAAGAAUUUUCUGUGCAUGUUGAUUUUCUGUCCGUGGAGUUUUAUGUCAUUAUUUAUUUGUUCAUAGCUAUUACCUUUUAUCUAAAAUACUGAGGCUUGCGCCAACAAAGUUUUAUAAGGUUUUUCUACUUUUAGUUAAGAACAAGAAGCAGGGCUGGGAAGACGCGCAGACUUUGGUUGGUGAGAUGGAAGCGUGAUGUAAAGCAGAGCUUACUCAAGAAUGUAUCUCAUUUAAGGAAAGCUUGGACCGAAGUGACCAGUAAGAGGCACAUCCGAACCCAGCUCGAGGGUCACUAAGGGAAGUCCCUGAAGCCCAAGGCUCUUUCUCGGUGGUUUGCACAAUAAAAAAUUCUAGAGGUAAAUCCUGGCACAGGGCACAGGUGCUCCGUGCUUUCCCAGCCAGCUCUCUGCUCAGGGAUCUGGAAAUUCAAGCCGCCUCCCCACCUUCCCCACAACACACCAAACCCAGGCCAGUCCCCCUCGCUGCUGCUGCUCCCCAGGUGGGCCACCAGGGCCCCUAGCAGUACCUCAGCAGUGGACAACAGGGAGGCCCGCUAAAAGGCAGGGCCUCAUUGGUUGACUUUGGUUUCACUGAUUAACUUAAUCAGGGUAGGGCUUCAUCAGUGAAUACUGACCACGUAGUUUGGCGCAGUGGUUGAGAGCUAUGGCUGCUAACCGGAAGGUUGGCGGUUCAAAUCCACCACCUGCUCCUUGGAAACCCUAUGAGGUAGUUCUCCUCUGUCCUGUAGGGUCGCGGUGAGUCGGAGUCGACUCGACAGCAACAGGUUAGCUGGCAAAGGGUGGGUUGACUCCUGACAGAGACCAGGGGGUGUAAGACAAAAGUGUUGACUUUGAUCUUUGCCUGUGACAGAAGUAGGUACCAUUGUGGUGUUGAACAUCCAUUGUAAUGGGAAGUUUCCUGUACAACUGAGCUUCGUAGCGGUGGCUGCAUGGUUCUAAGUGUGCUGCAUUUGAUACGAGACUUAAAUCGCAUUCAAAACCAAAACUGAUGUAUUGAAAAGAUGAGAUUUGCGUCCUCAAAAAUAUUCUUAACUUUGUGUUUUAAAGAAAUGCUUCAUUAUUCUUCGUCAAAUUAUUUUUCUAAUGAUUUUUAUUUCAGCUUUAAAAAUGAAUCAUGUAUCUAAAGGUGCCAUGUAACCCAACAACGUUGUCUUAGCAAGACACUCUAGGGUAAAAAUGGCAUGUUUGUUCUCCGGACCGUUGUGGGAACUUAUCCGCAUAGCGUUUACGUAUCAUCUGUCUAUUCUGAGGUACCAGUGGAAUGUCCUAUGAAUACACGCCUCCUAUAAAAUUGUGCCUGUGAAUUUUUAUCCAGGAUGACUGUGCUUGGAUUCUGUUUGUUCUUCUCUUUGUCUUCACUUACUCCAUGUUGGUAAGUUGAAUAGAUUUUCUGCGACUUAUUUUGUCAAUGCCUAAAUUUUGGCAACAGAGGAAGAAAAGCAUUUUUUUUUUUUUCAUUACAUACACACACAAUAGGAAAUACGGCACAUAAAGAAAACCCAUUUAGAAAACCAGUUUUCCUAUUUGUUGAUGCAUGUUAUUUUCCUGGGUAAAAUUGCCAGAGGUACUUAAAAGUAAAAAAAAAAAAAAAGUAAUAA